UGGGCGGAGCCGGGGCGGUGCGGCUCUCCGGCCCGCUAGGAGGCGGCCGCGCUGAUUUCCGUGCACCGCGCCGCGGCUCAUACGGGUUCUGUGUUUCCCCAGGCGGGGCCGGGCGUGCGCGGCCGCGAUGAGCUGGGAGUUGCUGCUCUGGCUGCUGGCGCUGUGCGCGCUUCUCGCGCUCGUGGUGCAGCUGCUGCGCUUCCUGCGGGCGGAUGGCGACCUGACCCUGCUGUGGGCCGAGUGGCAGGGGCGACGCCCAGUCUGCACUUAUUUCUCACUAGAAUGGGAGCUGACCGAUAUGGUGGUAUGGGUGACUGGAGCAUCGAGCGGGAUCGGUGAAGAGCUGGUUUACCAGCUGUCUAAACUAGGAGUCUCCCUUGUGCUGUCAGCCAGAAGAGUGCAGGAGCUGGAGAGGGUGAAGAGAAGGUGCCUUGAGAAUGGUAAUUUAAAAGACAAAGAUAUACUCGUUUUGCCACUUGACCUGACUGACAGAAGUUCCCAUGAGGCGGCUACCAAAAUGGUCCUCCAGGAGUUUGGUAAAAUCGACAUUCUGGUCAACAAUGCUGGAAGAUCUCAGCGUUCUUUGUUUGUGGAGACCAGCCUGGACGUCUACAAGGAGCUAAUAGAGCUUAACUACUUAGGGACACUGUCCUUGACAAUGUGUGUUCUGCCUCACAUGAUCGAGAGGAAACAAGGAAAGAUUGUUACUGUGAAUAGCCUCCUGGGUAUCAUAUCUGCGCCCCUUUCUAGUGGAUAUUGUGCCAGCAAACAUGCUCUCCGGGGUUUUUUUAAUUGCCUCCGUACUGAACUUGCUACAUACCCAGGUAUAGUAGUUUCUAACAUUUGUCCAGGACCUGUGCAGUCAAAUAUUGUGAAGAAUGCCCUGUCUGAAGAAGUCACAAAGUCUGUAGACAUUGAUGUAGCCCAGUCCCACAAGAUGGCGACCAGUCGUUGUGUGCGGCUGAUGUUAAUCAGCAUGGCCAAUGAUUUGAAAGAAGUUUGGAUUGCGGAUCACCCUUUUUUAUUAAUAGCAUAUUUGUGGCAAUAUAUGCCAACCUGGGCCUGGUGGCUGACCAACAUAUUAGGGAAGAAACGAAUUGAGAACUUUAAGAAGGGUUUGGAUGCAGAUGCCUCUUACUUUAAAACCUGGAAGACAAAACAUGACUGAAGGAGGAGUACUCGCAUUUUUUUUUUUUUUAAGCUACUGGAGGGAGAAUGAAAUCAGCAAUCUUUAUAUACUGAAGACUAACUUCUGAUUUUACUUUUUAAUAGGUACAACUUUCAACAUGUAAUAAAUAAUAGAAGAUUUCCAUGAAUCUUGCAAUAAAGGUAUUAACACAUACCACAUUCUUGGAUUAAAAAAAGCAUUUUACUGUAGCAUAUAUACUUAAAAUCUAAGUUAGCAGAAUGCUAACCAAAUAAUUAUAAUAACCCAUUAAACGUAAACGUAUGGAACAUUACACGAAACAGUGUAGGGUAAUGAGCAGAUAUAAAGAAGUAUCUGAAAUAGUCCUGUCUCUAAGAUCCUUACACUCUUAGAAGAGCUGAUGGGUCCAAAUGCCUAUAGUUUGAAACAGUUGGUAGGGCUCAUAGCAGCCAUUAUUCAACACCUGUCAUACGCCAUUUGCUGUUCUAAGUUGCUUUGUAUGAGUUAAUUCGCUUAUUCUUCAUAACAGCCCGCUAAGGUAUGUGGUUUUAUCCACUUUUACAGAAGAAGAAAGAGAUGCUCAAAGCAAGUAGGUAUAUUACUUUCCUAAAGUCACACAGCUAGUAGGGGGUAAAGCCAGGAUUAAACUCAGCUCAGGAAGACUCCAUUGGCAACUCCUUAUUUUAGUUAUUAUUAUUAAUUUUACUUUAAUCUUCACCACUUUACAUUAGAAAACAUAUAUAGGCCACAAUAGAAAAUUAGCAAAUAUUCCUUGACAAGAAAAACAUGUUCCUUUUUUAUGAGCAGUUAAUAGUUUAGCUAUAGUCCAAAUAACAUAAAUAAAAUAACUAGAACAUUUGUUGGGUAAGUUGGAGGCCACCCUGGUGGCUAUCUUUACAAAAGGGGGAAGGUGACAGAGGUACACCAUGGAGUACAGCAGCCAUGGAAUAAAUGAACACAUAGCAACACUGAUAUAUCCUAGAAGCAUGGUGAUGAGUAGAGAAAAGUAAAGAACUACAAUAACAUAAUUCUGUUUACAUACACUUAAAUUUAUGUGCUUAGAAGGUAGUGCUCAUUUGGAAGAAAACACAGUGAAAAGAUAUACAUUAGAUUACUUGAAAUGGUAGCUUAGGAUGCGGAGGGCAUGGAGGGUGCAGUGUGGGGAUAAAAUACACGAGAGAACUCUUGCACAACCAGUGAUGAAAAUGGGAAUUAUGAUUAAUUGAAUACACUGCACCUGGGGUAAAAACAAAAAGAUGAAUUGUUGAAACAGUUCUAGAGGACUGCAAAAUAACAUUGUCAUAUGGCAUGGAAUAGAUUGUAAGCACAAACAGUUCAGAAAAGGGAGAGAGGUGCAUAUAGAGUAGUGUGAAAUGAAUGUGAUAACCACUACACCAUGGAAACCCCUCCAUCACAUUUAGAAUAGUGUGGAAGUCCUUUGUGGAGAAGGUGGUCUGCACUGAACCUUCAAAGGGUGGGGUUUACAUGAAGGUUUCAAGAGAUUGGAGUCCAGGUCAGUUUUGUUUUAUUUGUCAUUGAAUCUCCAGACCUUGCCACUG